CGAAUCACGAUGAUAGCUCCGCUCGACCCCCUCUCUGCCUCCUCUUCCCUUCUCAAAUCCUGCAAUGAUUUGCAUACAGCUUUACCAAUUCUGUUGGUGGACCGAUCAGGCUUAGUGAGGUGAUGUGCCUGAGAUUUCACAAGGCGGUCGAGCCAGAUUGUUAGUUAUCACCAAGCCAUUCGCGCUUACGGUCGUGCUCUCUUACAGAGAAACUUCUUUCAAUUGGGAAUGAGAUGAUACCACAGCGUCCAAGAAGCGCUCAAUCCUAUCCCUUGCUUUGUGGUUGAGCGAAGCUUUUGCCUCCUCGUCGCUGUCUCUGUCUCUCGGGGACUUUAUAAACCUCCGUUUGAGCCUCAACAACAAUUGAUGCUUGGGCCCUCAGGGAUUCUUUCUUAGCUGCAGAGAUAGACGACAUCCGUCUCGAGUCCUUGUACGAUUAGCGACACAUAUUCUAUACCUCUUGAUAUCGCUCUACGCCCCUCGCUCGCAGGCGGAACCGCCAAAGGAUCAAGAAGCCAAGGAGCAGUGGUUAUCAUGUAUCGUACUCUCGUUUUCGCCGCGCUUUGGCGCAUAUCAUCUCCUUUACUCGUAGCGAAUGGGUCGCCGUGUGGGACACAAUGCGGCAACGUUCUUUCCUCGACAACGGACGACAUGAUCGUCUGCGACGAGUCGGCGUAUAGUACCACAACAAAUGGUCAAGUCUAUGAGGCCUGCAUCGGUUGCGAGUCAACAAGCACUUACUCGACAGUUCGUGGCCAACAAAACACCUCAGACUUGCAGUACAUGCUCUAUAAUAUGCGAUAUGCCGUCAACGUAUGCUUAUUCGAAGCUCAAACGAGCCCGUGUAUAACUUCCUUCGCCUGUAAAAAUAUAGAGUCAGCAAUCCAAUAUCAAAACCUCUCGUCUAGUAGCUCGAUAUAUGGUUACUGCGAUCAGUGGACCGAUUAUAACCUCGAUAAAUGUCAUGAGUGCUUGACUUCCGAGGCUAAUGGCCAUUAUCUCAGCAACUUCAUAUCGAUCCUGGAUGGCGCCUGUAAUUUAAGGCUCGAGCCGCCGGCCACUAUUCCAUUGCAAGGCAGCAUCUUUUCCACCAACGUCUUGAACGUGACGAGCCCUACGCCUACGGCAACGUUUACGCCCCCAGGCCUCAAUGGCCCGUUAGACUCCGGUGCCAUCGCUGGUAUCGCCGUCGGCGGCCUCGUCGUCAUCCUGGCCCUGGUUGGAUGCGGGAUCGUCCUCAACGGCAAGCGCCGCAGAAAGGCGUACCUCCGACGCCGAUCGCAAAUCAGCAAGAACUGGCCCCCGGGGCAAGGCGGCGGCGAGAUGUACGAGACGCCCAUCAGCCAGAAGCCGCUGCGCGGGUGGGAAGACUCGCCCGUCAGCGCGGCCACGCAGUCGACCUUCCCGCCGUACUUUUCCCCCUAUACGUCGCAGUACAACAGCCCCGUCAGCGGCGUCGAGGCCCCGGGCAAUAGGGCCUGGCCUAUGGAGAAGGCGAACAAUAACAUCGGCAUCGCCAUCAGCCCCGACCGCGAGGUCCAGUCGCCCUGGGACGAUAAGAAGGGCAAGGAUAAGGUGGCGGCGGAUAACGACGGUUACGAGCUCCAGGAGGGGGUGAAUAGCGCGGGCGGCUAUGGGUUCCCGAUUCCACCGCCCCCGCCCAUGGCUUCCGCACCUAUGCUGGGUCAUCCCGGAUAUGGCAGGCACGCCCCGCAGAGGGCGCCGCAGGUGGGCGAUGAUGGGAUGGGGAAUGCGCUGUGACGGGUGAUACCCUGUUUCGUGUUGUUUGCUUUUCUGGCUUGAAUUAGUUGUUUGUGUACUAGCAUGGCGUUGAGGUAUGACAUGCUGUUUUGGCAGUAGGUAUGUUGGGUUGGAGAGGUAAUUGUGAUACCACGAAAACGGCGUUGGCGAGGGCCUUGGAUCUGCCGGAAGGUAGUUCGGGGAUAUGAUUGUUUUAUUAUCAUGAUAUGUACUUGUGUAUCUGUAUAGGUACCAAUGGACGACGAUUUAAGAGGUGACAUUUAGUUGUUCAAUUCGAACUCGCGUGUCGGUCACGAGUAUCAGGUACCUACCUAGAUAUGUACCUACUUAUUACCUAGGUGACUCGCAUUAAAACUGCUGCAGUAAAGAGGGCUAUCCAUGGUAUCGAAUCGUAACAAGACGGACUACUAAGUGCUAGUAGGGCCCCUCCCGCACGGUCAGCCAAAAUCGACACGCACUUGAGAGCAAGCGCUUCUAGGUUGUGGGAGGUCGCUCGGCUCAGAUAGCCGCGGCUUAGCAUCUGACGAGGGCUAUUACUCCCGGUUUUCACGGGGCGGCGGGAGCACCUAGUUACCUAGGUACCUAUGAUUCAUAGCUUCGUUCAUCUUUACACAAUUAGGAAUUUAUCAUCCAUUCAUAUCAA